GCCGCGGUAACCGGGGUCAGGGGGCGGCACGCGUUUGGCGGGAGUUUGGGGCUGAGGAGCGAGCGGGAGGCCGAGAUUAACAUGAAGAGUGCAAGGAAGAAGCCAAAUGGCAGCAGUGGCGAUGGCAGUCAGCCACAUUCGAAACGCCCCCGAGGAGACUGGGAUGACGAGGGGCCAUCACAGUUUGAAGAGGAACUGGCGUACCUCGAUGAAGUGGAGGCUGAAAUGAUGAUGGAUGCCAAGGAAGUGCAGCCAUCACAGGAUUCGGUUCCAAUUGGAAACCUGUUUUCUUCUAAUGUUAUGAACAGUAAAUGGCAGCGCCCACCAGUACCAAAGAUCGAUCCAAAAGUGGAUAACAUCACGUUCCAGCAGGUGGAGCUGGAGUACUAUGUGGGAUCUUAUGUUGCUGGAAUGCCUGGGAAUAAGCAGGGGCCAGUUCCUGUGACACGAAUGUUUGGAAUUACAAUGGAAGGGAACAGUGUCUGCUGCCACAUUCAUGGAUUUAUGCCAUAUUUCUAUGUACAAGCCCCUGCUGGUUUCGGUUCAGAGCACCUCCAUGAAUUUCAACGGGAACUGAAUAGCAUUGUAAUUAAGGACAUGAGGUCAAACAAGGAUAACAUCUCUCAAGCAGUACUGGCAGUCGAUAUCUGUCUGAAGGAGAAUAUGUACAGCUAUGGAGGAAACAAGAAGACCCCAUUCCUGAAGAUCACAAUGGCACUACCUCGUUUAAUUGCCCCCGCCAAACGCCUGCUGGAACAAGGUUUCCGCUUUGGUUCAAGUCCAAUGUGCAACUAUCAGGCAUAUGAGGCCAACAUAGACUUUGAAAUCAGAUUCAUGGUGGAUAGUGAUGUUGUUGGCUGUAACUGGAUCGAAUUACCUGCUGGGAAGUACCGGAUAAGGGAAGAACAGCCAACAGGAAACUUGAAUGCAACGUGGGACAGUCCCAGAAAGGUGUCGCUGGCACAGAUUGAGGUGGAUGUGGCCUGGACAGAUUUCCUCAGCCACCCCGCUGAAGGAGAGUGGCAGAAAAUUGCUCCGCUUCGAGUGUUGAGCUUUGACAUUGAAUGUGCUGGCAGGAAGGGUAUUUUUCCGGAGGCUGACAAGGACCCUGUGAUACAGAUUGCCAACAUGCUGCUGCGACAGGGUGAGAAGGAUCCUUUUGUCCGUAACGUCUUCACUCUUCGGUCUUGUGCCAGCAUUGUCGGAUCACAAGUGCUUUGCUUUGAGAAGGAGAACGAACUUCUGAAGGCUUGGUCAGAGUUUAUCCGAGUGGCUGAUCCUGAUAUAAUUACUGGAUACAACAUUCAGAACUUUGACUUGCCAUACUUGAUCAACAGGGCGCAAGUGCUCAAGGUGACAACGUUCCCAUUCCUGGGUCGUGUUCCCAGCAUAAAAUCAGUAAUCCGGGAUUCCUCAUUCCAGUCUCGUCAGAUGGGUCGCAGAGAGAACAAAGUGAUCAACACCGAGGGAAGAGUACAGUUUGAUCUCUUACAGGUGUUGCUGCGAGACUACAAACUGCGGUCGUACACACUCAACGCCGUGAGUUUCCACUUCCUGCAGGAGCAGAAGGAAGAUGUUCAACAUUCGAUUAUCACAGACCUGCAGAAUGGUAAUGAACAAACACGAAGGCGAUUGGCUGUUUACUGCCUGAAGGAUGCCUACCUGCCCUUGCGCCUGAUGGAGAAGUUGAUGUGUGUCAUUAACUACAUGGAGAUGGCAAGAGUAACAGGGGUCCCCCUCUCCUACCUCCUCUCUCGCGGGCAGCAAAUCAAAGUAGUUUCUCAGCUGCUCCGACAGGCAAUGAAGCAUGACCUGGUGAUGCCUGUGGUGAAAACAGAGGGUGGAGAGGACUACACUGGUGCUACUGUGAUUGAACCAGUUAAAGGUUAUUAUGAUGUUCCCAUUGCUACUCUGGAUUUUUCCUCCCUGUACCCAUCUAUAAUGAUGGCACAUAACCUGUGUUACACCACUUUGCUGAAGCCAGGUGCUGUGGAGAAAUACAAUUUUUCUUCAGACCAAUUCAUUAAGACUCCAACAGGGGAUCACUUUGUCAAGGCAUCAGUGAGGAAGGGUCUGCUUCCAGAAAUACUGGAAAACCUUCUGUCUGCAAGAAAAAAGGCAAAGGCAGAACUGAAGAAAGAGACAGACCCAUUCAAACAGAAGGUGCUUGAUGGUCGCCAACUAGCACUGAAAGUGAGUGCAAAUUCAGUGUAUGGUUUCACUGGAGCACAAGUUGGCAAGCUACCUUGCCUGGAAAUAUCACAGAGUGUCACUGGUUUCGGGCGACAGAUGAUUGAGAAAACGAAGCAGCUGGUUGAAUCGAAGUACACCAUCGCAAAUGGCUACAAAGCAGAUGCUAAGGUUAUUUAUGGUGACACAGAUUCUGUGAUGUGUAAACUGGGAACACAGACGGUGGAAGAAAGCAUGACACUGGGUCGUGAGGCAGCUGAAUGGGUCUCAAGUCACUUCAUCCCUCCUAUUAAACUUGAGUUUGAAAAGGUAUAUUUCCCUUAUCUGCUUAUCAACAAGAAACGCUAUGCUGGUCUAUACUUCUCCUCCAACCCAAACACGCACGAUAAGAUGGAUUGCAAGGGUAUAGAGACGGUGAGGAGGGAUAAUUGUCCAUUGGUAGCUAACCUGAUCAACACUUGUCUUCAGAAGAUUUUAAUUGAAAGGGAUCCAAGAGGAGCUGUGGAGCAUGCCAAGGACAUAAUCUCUGAUUUGCUGUGUAAUCGGAUCGACACCUCGCAGCUUGUGAUUACGAAGGAGCUCACACGGACGGCCGAUGAGUAUGCAGGGAAGCAGGCCCAUGUGGAGCUGGCAGAAAGGAUGCGAAAGCGAGAUGCAGGGAGUGCACCCAAUCUUGGCGAUCGGGUUCCCUACGUGAUUAUCAGUGCUGCAAAAGGUGUGGCAGCCUACAUGAAGUCUGAGGAUCCAAUCUAUGUUCUGGAGAACAACAUUCCAAUUGACACACAGUAUUAUUUGGAGCAGCAGCUUGCAAAACCGCUCUUGAGAAUCUUCGAGCCCAUCUUGGGAGAAACCAAAGCAGAGGCUGUGCUUCUGAAGGGGGAGCACACAAGAUGCAAAACUGUAUUGACGUCAAAAGUGGGUGGGCUUAUGGCCUUUGCAAAGAAACGAAGCACAUGUAUAGGAUGCAAAGCUGUGUUGAACGAUGACGGUGCUGUUUGCAGUUACUGUAGAUCUCGUCAGUCAGAGCUGUAUCAGAAGGAGAUAUCUCAGCUGAAACUCUUAGAGGAGAAGUUUUCACGUUUGUGGACACAGUGCCAGCGAUGUCAGGGCAGCCUGCAUGAGGAUGUUCUUUGCACCAGUCGAGAUUGCCCCAUAUUCUACAUGCGUAAGAAAGUGCAAAAGGACCUCGAUGACCAAGAGAAGGUGAUGAUGCGAUUUGGACCUCCGACCUGGUGACGAGGGGAGCAGGAAACUAGGACCGUGUUGAGGAGGGAAAGGGGGUCCUUUUAAAACGAAUCCAUGGACACUUUCUUUGAAGGAUCAGGAACUAGUUGUGUUCAUCCACUGCCGUUUGGUGAGAAGUUUACCAGCUACAAGUUUGCUUUGUGUUCUAAUUGAAAAUACCUUGCUAAUUGACUAGACAACUUUGUAAGAUCUGACUUUUUAAACUUUCUGUAUCUGAAGUAGCUCAGGGGCCCUUGUAUGGAUAGCAAGCUGUAUGUUUUUGCAUUAUACAGUUUCUCAGGUCUUCAGGGAUGUUUGGGCAAAAGGCAAAUCGUGUCCAAAUAAAGUGUACAGUUUUUAUUUUCCCCAGGAGCAUUGCAACGGAGUGCAAAUUGUCAAAGAUUAUUUUAAACAAUGUUGCAAAUGACAUGCAUGGUUUUGUAAAUGCACUGAAUUGUUACACCAAUGGAUUGCUUGAAGCAUGUCAUCUGAAUGAGUAGUUGAAAUGAAAUGUGUCCUAAAUCAAAAUUUAUGGAUCAGUAAUGUUCAGUAACUUGAGGGCCUCUUGAAUCUAUUUUGUUAAGUUGGAGGAAUUUUUCCCAUUUAAUGUACUGCUGCCUUUUGCUGAAAAUCUGCUUUAGACUUGUUAUGGGAGUGGAGUUGGAAGCAGCUUCUAAGCUCUGAAGAUGAACAAAUGGUUGCAGGAGAUCUGGUGGUAUUGGCUUGCGUUUAAGGAGGGUAGGAAUAGGGUGAAAAAUGUAAAUGCUUUGAUUAAAAGUACAAUGAAAAGUAGCCCAUCCCCACCCUCUCUGGGUAUACUUGCGGAUAGAAUGGCAUCGUUCAUGGGUCUGUUCCUUUAAACUUUGAUCUUUCUUCAAGUUCCUAUAAGGAAUUAACUAUAACUAUCUGCCAAACCCAGAAAAUAAUAUGUCCCUGAACUAAUUUGCAAAUUAUUUUUAUUUUAAACUGACAUAUUUAAGUGUUAAUGGUCAGGAAUAUUGGGAAGCCGAGCCAUGGGAUCUUCUUUGUAGCAGCCGACAUCUGGUGGGAAUUUACCUUUUGUGUUGGUAUUUUUAGAAGGAACAUUGUUAAUGAAUCGCUUACUGUUCUGAGGGACAGAAUACAGAUGUACAAUGGGGAUGGGGUGGCUGUUUGAUUCACUCCUCCUGCUGUCCCAGCCUUCGAGGUUUGAGAGAGGUUCCUGUCAUCCACACCAUGCUGGUGCCUCAACCAAAUCAUGGGCGCUUGUGUUACCUGGACUGCUCAUCCGUGACUUCUGUACCAUUGAACUCUUCCUUGUUACCUUCCAUCGAGGUGUGGAGUUCCAGUGGUGGUUUAUCAACGGUGAUUGGCAAAUUCCGCUUCCCCACACUCAAGUUUUAAUAUUCCUCCGUUCCAUUUACAGUGAGAUGACACAACAUAAACCAUUGACGGAAACCUGGACCUCCCUGGUCCAAAUGAUUUGCUGCUAGAUUAGUUGAUCCAUGUACCUAUGCACCCAACGUUAGUGCAUAUUUACAACAGCAAGAUUGUACAUGGACGGCAGGGUGGUGGUUGAGCUCUUAGUCACUGAGGUAGAGCCAGCCACUGGAAUAUUUUUACAUUUGCAGAUAAGCAUGAUGUGAUACAAUAUUUUUUAUAUAGCCAUGUGUUUUUUUUUGCCAAUGAACUUUUGUAUCUGGAAAAAUAAAACUCAUCCUUAUAUU